AUGGAAGCAUUGGCAGUUCUUACGGGACUUAAUUUAGCUGCGGAGUUGGAUCACCAAAAUAUUGUGGUUGAAUGUGAUGCGAAGAUCGUUGUGGAUUGCAUUACAAAGAAAAGAACAAUGGCUAGCUGGAAGAUUUUCCCUAUCCUCGCGGAGAUUUGGAGAAAGGCUCAAGAAUUCCAGUAUGUCCAAUGGAAUUGGGUGCCAAGAUUGGCAAAUCAAGUUGCCCAUGCUGCAACAAAGGUGUCAAAUGCGAGGGUGGGUAACGUCCGAUGGAUGUCGCAACCUCCUCCCUCUCUUGUUUCGGUUCUGUCUCGCGAUGGCCUCCCUUGUCCACACUAUUUUCAGGCCUAG